GCUCGCUGAUUGGUUGAAAGUCACUAUAUAUUUCGCACGUGAUUUUCGUGAACUUUUUACCCAACUACACAGUUUAGUUGUACAGUGAAAGCGGGACAGUAGCAUCAUGGCCGACGUUUGUGACUCGAGUGCUUUGAAAUCCUCCUGUUUUUAUAAGGAGAUUGCAGAACUGCCCGUGCUACAGUCUAUAGAGGAACUGUACACGCACACAAAGGGCAGGUCCCGGAUAUUAAGCACCGGACUCGCGGUACUCGAGCACAGCGUCUCUAAUGUGUUCAAAAUGGCCUUUACCAGCUCCAGCUUAGCUGCUCGAGUUGACAGCAUGGCGGGAGAUGGCGUAUGUAAACUGAAGGAGAAGUACCCGGUCCUGCACACGUCUCCGAGCGAGAUAAUGGACACAACAUCGAGUGGAUUUAAGAACACCGUCCGAGGGGUGAUGAGGACACCGCCUGGGCAAGUUUUGAUUCAUGGACUUGACUGGGCACUUGACAAGAGCGAAAACCUCCUAAGGCGUAUAAGACCACGUGACCGAAGUCCACGAAAGCGUAAAGUGACGAGAUCAUCACUGCAAAAGCAGGUGCACUUAACUAAAGAGCACGCAUACGCGUCAGAGGACAGUGGAGCGUGCGAGGCUGACGGAGACGCCGGUAAGGCACACAAAGGUCAACAGACGAUGUUAACGGUCAAGGACAAGCACAACGAGAUUGGUUUGGUACAAAAAGUGUACAGACUUGGCGUGGUUUUUCCUUUAGAAGUACUGGUACAAGUUAUGAGGUCAUUGCGCCGCUAUGCUGGAGGGAAAAGAUACAAAACAGUACUCACACCGGAGAAAAAACAGGAAAUUGGUUCCCGGCGCAAGGUAUCUCCGAAGAAGAGAAUGCAGGCUCCGACAAGUUUAUUUGGACGUAUUAAACAACGAACUUACAGAUUACUUGGUUACAAGAAUGUUUUGUCUAUAAACAUUGGUGAAUCCCUCAAGCCCUCGAGUCCAGACCGAGAAGAGGCGAAAGAGAAACGGAAAUAUGAUGAAAUAUUAACAGACGAAUAUUCUGAAAGCGAGGACGACAUGGAUAACUUUGACUUCGAUAACUACGACUCCGAGGAGGACCCGGAUUAUGAGCCGGACUCUGCAGAUGGUAGUGAAGAAUCCGAGUCUGGCGAAGAUGAAGCCGAAAGUGACCUUGAAACUGAGGUUGUGAAGUACGAACCGUCCACUAAUAUAGAAUUCCAUCAGUUGAAGGAAAAGUUUUGUGAUGCCAAACUUAUACCAAAACAAGAACCGGCAUCGUCUGAACUUGGGACUGGUACUUCUGUUGAUAAAGGCGAUGACAUCAUAUUGGAGCCCGCGUGGAAAAAGGAGCAGACGAAUGAUUCUAAGAAAAGAAAAUCAUUGGAUAAUAAACCGUUGCCAUAGAAUUGUGAAUAAAAAUGGAUAUACAUGUACUCAAAAUUGACCAGACGAUUAAAAAACUUGAAAAUUUCACUAUAAAAGUGUACAAAAAUUUAUAUCCAAAAACAUAUAAAGUGCUAUAUUCUGAAAAAAUCAUUUGUAUUUGAGUUCAAUAAUUUAUAUAAAAAUACAUAAACUCUAAGCAUACGUA